AUGACGUUUUCCGUGAGGCCAUUGGUCGACCAUCUACUUGUUGACUAUAUCAAAUAUAAGAGCUGGGAGAAUAUCGUAUACAUUCACGAUGGAGCAAACGCCGACAGAACGCUACAUGGAAUGUUCGAGUACCUUAACGAAAACAGUCCCGAUUACAACCUAUUCGUAGACAACUUCAGGGCUCCUCCGGAUGAGGAGUUCUUUCGAGAAUUUCUCAAUGAUUUUCACCGGCGAAUGUCACUCUCACAAGGGAACAUGUCCCACGGAGAGGAAGCAGACAUUACACACCCAGUGCAUGUGAUCGUUGAUUUGGAAGGUGGAUAUCGGAUGAGAAUGUUUUUGAGAGCACUGGAAGAAAGUGUGCUUGUAAAGAAGGAUUACCACUACGUCUUUGCCAAUCUGGAGAUGGAAGAUACCGACUUGGCCGCUUUCCAUUUCUCAUUAAUCAACAUAACCGGUUUUCAAAUGUUUGAUCGUAUGGACAAGAAGUAUCUACAGAAUAGGAAGGACUUCGAAGAAACAUAUCGAGAACGAUUUCCCACCUUCGAUUAUCUACCGGUGCGUCAAUACUGUUGA